AUGAAGCUGGACGCUGCGCUACACAGGUUUGAGGUUCAUGUCUCUAGGAGCCUGAAAGAAUAUUUCUCAGAGAUGAGUUUACUACUUGCACAACUCUCUGAUCAGUUAUCCGCUGCAUGGGACAGACAAGAUGGCGGUGGUGAUUUGGGAACUAAUGCAGCUACUAAAAUACUGCCCUUACAUAUGCUGAAACUAGCGGUCCCUUUGAGAUCAGAUGAAGCCCCAGCAAAAGCAUGCAGGAAUGUUUACAAGCUGAGAGGGGAGCAAUUGCAACUUCUCAUGAAAGAAAUUGUAAAUAUCUAUCCAUCAAUUAAUCCACCAACCUUGACAGCUCACCAGUCUAAUAGAGUCUGCAAUGCUCUUGCACUUCUUCAGUGUGUUGCUUCACAUCCAGAAACAAGGUCUGCAUUUCUUGCAGCACACAUUCCUCUGUUCCUGUAUCCAUUCUUGCACACUGUUAGUAAAACUCGGCCUUUUGAAUAUUUGAGACUUACUAGCCUCGGAGUAAUUGGAGCUCUUGUGAAGACAGAUGAACAAGAAGUCAUAAAUUUCCUUUUGACUACAGAAAUCAUCCCAUUGUGUCUGCGGAUUAUGGAAUCUGGAAGUGAACUUUCUAAAACGGUUGCCACGUUUAUUCUUCAGAAAAUUCUCCUUGAUGACACAGGCUUGGCUUACAUCUGUCAAACUUAUGAACGUUUUUCUCAUGUUGCAAUGAUAUUGGGGAAAAUGGUCCUGCAACUUUCUAAGGAGCCAUCUGCUAGACUGCUGAAGCAUGUAGUCCGCUGUUACCUCCGCUUGUCUGACAACCCAAGGGCUCGAGAAGCAUUAAGGCAGUGCCUUCCUGACCAACUGAAAGAUACUACUUUUGCCCAGGUACUGAAAGAUGAUACCACAACCAAACGCUGGCUGGCACAGCUGGUUAAGAACCUGCAAGAAGGUCAAGUUACUGACCCAAGGGGCAUACCCCUUCCACCUCAAUGACCUUCUAUCAAGAGAAAGGAAUAUAAAGUAGUAGCAUGUGUUUGCAGAGCAAACCGCAAGAGGGGACAAAUAGGUGGUGGGGUGGACAUAGGAAAAGUAGGGACGAAAUUAGAAUGAAUACUGUUGCUCCCUUCUGGUAACAUUUGCUGAGUUGCAUCCAAAAGCAGAUGAUCCACCACCCUGUUAAACAAGUGGUACAGGUUUCUACACCAGCAAAAAAAAAGACUGCAGUUAUUAAGCACUGACUAAUUGUAUUCUUGUUGAGCAAGAGAUGGCUACUUCAAUUUUUUUUUAUUCCCUGCUGCGUUGAAUCUUAAUAAGCAAUGGAGCUGUGAUUGUCUUUCUCCUGGUCUGCAGUCCAGUGAUUAUCUCCUGACUCCUACUGUUUACAAAAAAUAUAAAUAAAAUAGUCGGCCUAUUUA